ACUCUCAAAACAAAAACAUUCCCACAGAUCUCGCUCACAACCUACCAUGGCCUUCAACAAUGCUCAGCUCCGCCCUGUUGUGGUGUUCAAAAAUCAAGGCUUUCGCAACGCCAUAGUGUACUCAAGGUACCUUCGUUGCUUCCGUGAUCGUCCCAUCUACCCAUCCUUUACCAUCUCUCCUUCAUCCUUUUCUAAAUACGACAUGGACAUUCCCUCCUUGGUUGCUGGACUAGGGUGGGAAUCAUUGACUGAAGAUCAACGGUUUCUCCACUGUCCUGAGGCAGUAAGGCUUUUCUAUGUCAAUAUUCGUCGUGACAGUGGACCUGAGCCACAGUCUUUCACAACCAUGGUCUAUGACCAUGAAAUCACUGUCACUCCUGCCUUACUGGCAUCGGUUCUCUCUCUACCUCACUCUGGGAUUCUUGCCAGUUUCGAGAGUGACUUUGUUGAACAUGGGUUCGACUUCCUUGCUGCUCUUGACCAUGUAACACGGGACACUGGCAAGGUCUUCCCCACUCGACUCUCAGCUGGUCGACUUCCUGACGAUCUAAAGGUCCUUCAUUUCUUCAUCACCCGAUGCUUCCUUCCACGAGACGUUACUAGUGCUGGUCUUCUCCACUCUGACGAUCUCUGGAUUCUGAUUGCUCUACCUUUUGGACCUCUCAUCACUCGUUACUUGCAUCGCCUAGGCAUAGAUCUCCGGGACAAGGUGGUUGUUUGCAACAUCCAUGAUGAUUUGCGUCCCAAUCAUGUUCUGGUUCGCCUUGAUGCCGACGUUGGCCGCCGUAAGCUCGUCUCUGGCUCAGGGGGAGACACAGCUCACUGCCCCAUUUUCUCUCCUGCUGAUCCCAUCUUUGAUAGUCUACUUCCAGCCCUAACUCAAGCUGCUGUCAUAGCCAUAGAUGGUGAAGUCAAACGAAGAAGGGAAACUGGUAGUGGAAAAACUACCAGUCAUUUGGUAUGCAAAGAACGUUUGGAACUCAUGGAUUUUGAUGAAGCAAGGCCUGCUCCAGACGACUUUGAUCCAAUUACUCCUGACUCAAGCUCUGAUGAUGAGAUAUCAGACUAUGAGUCACCUCCUGGUUAUCCCUUCUAGAGAAUCGAUGGUGGUACUUAGGGGGAGUCACAAGUUAUGACUAGGGAAGUCGUGUAGUUCGUUUGAGUCUGUGUUUGAAUGGUGUCAGUGUCAAGUUGGUUUUCCAGUUGUUUGAUUGUUGAUUUGAAUAUCGAGACUUGUAUUUCUGUUGAACUGAUUAAUCAGGAAUAAAAACAUCCCUUGUCA